AAACUAGACAUCCCAGAUGAAUCCCCGCUCCAAGCCGUAGUCCUCGCAGACAGCUAUAACCGCCGGUUUGAAGUCCUCUGCGCCGACCGACCUCGGAUACUCUUGCCUCUGUGCUCGACGCCACUGUUGACGUGGACGCUGGAGGCGCUGAGCCUGAGUAAAGUCAAGCAGGUGUUUUUGUUUUGUGGAGUGCAUGCGGAGCAGAUUAGGGAGUUUGUUGAACAAUCCCCAUACAGACGCACUCUCGACAUCCAAUGCCUCUCGUCCCAGACCGCCCGGACGCCCGGAGACGCCCUUCGCGAGCUAGACUCGAUGGGCGUUCUGAACGGCGAUAACCCAUUCAUCCUCGUCCACUCUCCGCUGGUUAGCAACUAUGACUUGUCAAAAAUGGUCGAUGCGCACAAGAGGCGUAGAGAGGCGGACCCGAAUUAUAUCAUGACGCUUGGUGUGGGGCAAGGGGGAAGCAGACGCCACCCCGAAUCCCCCAUCAUGCUCGUCCACCCCCCUUCUUCCCGACUUUUGCACUACGCCUCGCACCCGCUCGUACCCUCCACCCCGCGCGUCGCAUUCCCCUCCCACCUCUUUACCGAUCCCUUCCCCGCUUCGAUCGAUUCAUACGAGAUCUGGUCCGGAACAGGAAGCAGCGGCGGCAGAGGCGGAUACAGAGACCUCGGGGUCGAUAUUUGCGAACUGGACGUUCCGGCCCUGUGUACGGAAAACUUUGACUAUCACGAUCUUCGGAGACAUUUCGUGAAUGGGGUGUUGACGAGUGACUUGUUGGGCAAGAAGAUUGCGGUGCAUCUGGUGGGUGGGAGGCAACGCAAAGGGGAGGGAAGAUAUAUUGAGCGAGUGAGGGAUACGAGGACGUAUGGGGAGAUUACCCGAGAUGUCCUUCAUCGAUGGGCUUUCCCACUUGCGCCGGAUCUGAAUGAACCGGGCGGGACGCAGUAUGAGCUCCGAGCGGGGAAUGUGUAUAUCGCAAGGGAUAAUGUUAUGCUAUCUCGCACCACCACCAUCCGCGGACCAGCGCUCAUCGGCCCCGCCUCCUCCCUCCAAUCCAACACCUCCAUCCUUCGCUCCACUCUCGGCACACUAACAACGCUCGGCCCCAACUCCUCCAUCACCGACUCGUACAUCUUCGACAAUGUCCUCGUUGGCUCCCACUGCCACCUCGACAACUGCAUCAUUGGGAAGGACGUCGUUAUUGCCGAUGACGUGACGGUCGGGCGGGGCGCGCUGGUUGGUGAUGGUGUGAAAUUGGGGAAGGGGGUGCAGGUGCCGCCCUGGACCAGAGUGGGGAGGGAGCGGUGGAGGCCGGAGGGGUGGGAAGAGGGGGAUGAGGAUCAAGAGGCCAAGACACUCCGGAUCCUCGGCGACCAAUCCCUCGGCUUCAUCUGGCCCACGGAAGAAGAACAGCCCUCGUCCGAUUCCGAAUCCGACGGUGAAGACCCAUACGAGCAUCCGCGCAAUAAAUCCCUGCUACAGCUCGGCCGAUCCUUGUCGAAUUUAUCAUCCUCUACCGGUUCUCUAUCCACCCUCUCCAAAGCCUCCUCCUCGCCCGCCUCGAUCGCCUCGGACCUCGACACGUCCUCUGACGAAGGGUACGGCGACGUCCCCUCCAUGUCCCUCUCGAUGGCCUUACCGACCACCGGCCCCUCUGCCGAGUUCACCAAAGAGGCCCAGCUGACCCUCGAGCGGGGGUAUGAGGAGGGGUACGACGUGGUGAAUAUCGGGACCGAGAUGGGGUUGUUGUUCCCCGCGUAUAAUGCGGGGGUGGAGAGUGCGCGGAAAGAGAUUAUCGGGUUUGUGCUCUCGAAAAUACCGCUCGCCCCGGGUGGAGGAGCGGCGGGAGUGCUAGGAGAGAGUGAAGCUCUGUUUAAGAGGUGGAAACCGAUCUUCCCCAAGUUUACGCAGGAUUAUACGGCGCUCGUGCUGGAUAUGCAGGCGUAUGUGGUGGAGAAGCGACAAGAGAUGGGUGGGUGGUUUGGGCUGGUUUUGAGGGGCGCGUACGAGGCGGAUCUGGUGGAUGAGGGGGUGUUGGUGAGGUGGAGGGAUGAUCCUCGAGCUAGAGGCGAGGGGCAGGGCGACGCUGGGGCGGGGGCGGGGGAAGGAGAACAGGAAAAGUGGGUCGAAGUUUGGAAGAAGGGGAAAAUGUAUGUGGAUGUCUUGGAGGAGAUGGAGAGUGGGAGUGAGGAGGAGAGUGGGGAGGAGGAGGAAGAGGAGGAGGAGAGUAGUGAGCACGAGUAG